ACAAAAGCUGGCGCUCGUGCAGGGACAGAGAAGCACAGUGAUGAAGAGCACACCGGGAUGUUUCACUCCAACACAUCCAAUAUCAUUCAUAUAGAUCACAGUGUUUGUGUCAUAUUUACACAUAAUGUUAGGACGUUUACAAUCAUAACGCCGCGUUGUCCGAAUAUUAAGAACUGAAUUUACCACGGAAAUCUACUUCAUUUUCCGGUUGGUGAGGGACUCGGUGCCAGAAUGAGCACUGGGAACACAAAGAAAGCCCCAGACGGUGGAUGGGGUUGGACCAUUGUGAUUGCCUCUUUCAUGGGCCAGCUCCUGGCCUACGGCUCGCCCCAGUCUGUGGGUGUGCUUUACCCUGAAUGGCUCAACACCUUCCAGGACAGCAAAGGCAUGACAGCAUGGGUUGGCUCUCUUGUGUCUGGAGUUGGACUCAUUGCCAGUCCCAUCUGCAGUGCCUGUGUUGUGAACUUUGGGGCCAGACCUGUGACCAUCUUCAGCGGGGUUAUGGUCUCUGGUGGGCUUAUGCUUAGUGCUUUUGCACCCAAUGUUCAGUUUCUCAUAUUCUCCUAUGGGAUAGUUGUUGGACUAGGCUGUGGACUUGUAUAUGCUGCUACUGUAACCAUCACCUGUCAGUAUUUCGACAAGAGACGUGGUCUUGCUCUUGGCAUUGUUACAACAGGUACAAGUAUUGGAGGUUUUCUUUACGCCACUGCACAGAACGAGUUCAUUGCACUCUUUGGACUUGACGGCUGCCUUUUGCUUAUUGGUUGUUUUGCACUAAACAUCAUCCCAUGUGCUGGACUCAUGAGACCGUUGCAUCUUCCUGCCUACUACCUCAAACAGAGAGCAGCACUGGCCGAAAAGGCAGAGGACAAGGUUCUGGAAAAGGCCCCUGUUGUGGAGGACCCCAUCAAGAAAAAUCAGUCUGUCACCAACGUGCUGAUCACAGGAGAAACAAAAACGGCUCCAGCUUACGAGAAGAGCCUCCAUGUAGUGUUGAUGCAGCUCUUGAAGAAAAAACAGAAAGUGUAUUCUGAAUACUUGCACUCGACAGGAGAACUGCUGCAAAACAGGGUCUUCUCAGCCAUGUGCAUAUCUUUGUUUCUCUACUGCCUGGGAGCGUAUACACCGCUUCUCUUCCUGGAGGAUCUGGCCCAAGGCGAGGGUCUGAUUGAUGGUAUCAGCACCAUCCCUCUGGUCUCAAUCAUGUCCAUUGCGGCUGGAGUGGGGAAGCUUCUGCUGGGCAUCAUGAUGGACAUCCGCUGGAUGAACAGCAUCUUUCUCUACGCCUUCACUCUGCUGGGAACCGGGGUGGCUCUUCUCAUGAUCCCCAUUACCAAGAACUAUGCUGGACUACAGGUCAUCUCAGCAGUGCUGGGAUUUUUUUCCGGGAACUGGUCCGUCAUACCAUACAUGACCACUAAGGUUAUAGGAAUGGAUCGUCUGACAGAGGCAUAUGGGAUAUUGAUGUUCUUCUGUGGAUUUAGUAUAAUGCUUGGACCACCAGUCGCAGGAUGGAUUUAUGACUGGAUGCACUCUUAUGACCUGGCUUUCUACUUCAGUGGAAGCUUUGUUCUGCUGGGAGGAGCUUGUCUUUUCCUGUCCGCCUUGUCUUGCUGGAACAAGAACCAGGAAGAAACCAACACACCAAGCGAAGAAUACACUGAUGAAUGUGAUGCAGUGGCUACUGUGGCCUGAAUACAAGACUAACUGCUUUUUUAUGCUGACAGAUUAUUGUGUCACACUCUGUAAUUACAUAAAAAGCAGAUGUUCGCCUAUAUUAUUAUUUGUAUUAUGGGCUUUUUGCCUUGAUUCAGACAGGAUAGUAAAAAGGUGACAAGAAAUGAUGAGGGGUAUUGAGAAAUGACCCAAGCACCACCAUGCAACACGCCAGAGCAUGUGCAGUGCACUACUCUCUGACGGACACGUAAGUGUACUUUUACAGAGCAUGUUACACUGAAAAAUACUAGCAAAUAACAUAAGAAUUAUCCACGGCCUCUGCAUACAAACAUAGCUAGAUUUCUUUUACAGAUUUGCUUUAUGUUUACUGUAAAGACACUCUUGUUUUCUCUUAAAUAAUAUGUGGAAAGUGUAUUCCAUUGAUAAAUAGUGUGGUUAAAUCUUCAGUACUACGUGUCACCAAUUUAAGGCCAUGUCUUCACAAACAAAUUUUCGUUUGACAACAUCUUGAUUUUGCAUCUUGAUUUUACACCUCUUAUCCACAAUGGAACAGCAUUUUUUUCCAGCAAAAACAAACACCCUGUCUACACCAUGUGCAUCCAUUGACGCAAUGCAACGGCUUGAGGCUGUCUACACUGGACGCAUCGACACGAACAUUCUAAACCGUUCAUUUGUGUUGUUGGCAGUAGUAGUGGCAGUUCAAAAUGGAAUGGGACACCCAUUUACUGUCGGCACACCGCGACACGCCGCAAUGGAUGUUUCCAGUGAAGACAGCAUCAUUGAUUAUAAUGGGUUCCUUUGCUUUUGACCACACUCACGUCCGGUGUAGACAGGGUGUAACUGUUAGACUUUCGAAAAAGCAUUCCGUAACCGUAUACUUUGGAUAACAAUUACAAAUGAAAAUGGAUUUGUGCGGAUGUGGCCUCAGAAAAGCAAUCAUUUCAAACAUCUCAAGUUUGAGAAAUGGUUGUUUUACAUUUUUGUAAAGAUGUGCAACACUACACUACACUACACUACACUACACUGCAAACAAAUGUAAUCUUUUUUUAUUGUUUAAUAAUUUCACAACCUGAAAAGCAUUUUGCAGUAUUUGGGCAGGUGAUAUGUCUGAUGUUGUUGAUAUAUUUAUCUUUUGUUUUUGAAAAUGCUGUACCUGAUGGGUAAAAUAGUUUUACUUGUUCGUACGGGUCAGGCAAGUACAGUAGUAGACUUAUUAUGCUUUUGUUAAGUUGGACACAUUGUAUGUUUUUGCCUUGUUAUGAAAGAAAUCAGUUACAGGGCAAAGUGUAAAGUGAAAGAUUUGAGAAAGUUGGGUUUUCUUCGUGACAGACAGUAGUCAGUAAAUUUAAAACAACAUGCGAUUAAAGCAAUAUGUAUUUGUGAAAAAUUCUUUAUUAUUAUUUGUAAACUGUUUGAAAUACCAGCUUAUUGACCGUUUUUUACACACUUUGUGUAAGAUUGUGUAUGUUUGUAUUUGUACUGCUUUCUGUUUUUUUUUUCCUAGUUAAAUGAACCGUGACAAGACAUUUUUACUUGAAAUACGUUUUUAAGAUAUUCAUAUUCUACAGCAUAGGAAGGAUUUGAAAGGUGGGGUGGGACUAGGGUUGCCACCUGUCCUGUAAAAUACGGGAUCGUCCCGUAUUUAAAGAUAAAAUUAUGCGUCACGUAUCAAAUCAAUACAGGAUGCGGUUUGUCCCAUAUUUAAGGUGGUCAUAUGGCGUCAUGGUGAAAUCGUUCCAGAUCGCUAUUUAACAUUGAUAUAACUUGGAAAAUGUGCCUAUGGUGGGUAAAGGACCAUCCGAAAAGUCCACAAAUGGUGCUAAAACGGUGGAAUUCUUUCAAUAUAAAUGUUCAGUAAGAUCAAACAAUGUAUGAAUACAAUCACUGAGUCAUAAAGACAAGUACAGGAGAAGGAAGAAAAAAAUACAUAUAAACCAACCAAAAUGUAUACAUAAAUAAGAUAAAGCAGACAAAUAAUCGGAAAGAUAAAAAUAAAUAUAUUUUUAACGUAUAAAAGAUGUAUUUUGUUUUAUAAGUCAGGGGUCAGGAAAGUCCUCUUAACACAUUUAUUGCUAAAAAUGUGGAGGAUGUGGUUAGCCCCCCCUCCCUCAUUUAAGUGUCCCUUAUUUUAAAUCUUCAAAAGUGGCAACCCUAGGUGGGACACAUGAAGCCAUGGGUCUUGUGGAAUUUAAAACAAAGGAAGUGUAACUAUAAUUGUUGCUACAUCCCUAAUUACAUGUAAAAACACAUCCAUCAAUACAAACAUUUUGGUUAUGGCACCUUUAGGUCUAGUUGACCACUGAACCUGUCAUGUCACCUGUAAUUUACGUUUUAAUAUUUUGUUGUUUUCAUUUUUUAUGUGCUUUUGAUUAUUAAAGUACUGACAAAGUA